UCAACAUGGCUUCUUGUUCUUUCGCCUAAAUUAAGCUUUUGACGCUGUGUUAUUUAUGAUUUACUCAGUAGGUUACAUAACGCAUAUAUGUGGGCUUUCAGCAUAUGAAAAGAAAGAUGAGAGCAAUGAUUUAAUGUACGCUAAAGGUGAGUCAUACCUGCUCAAGGCACCUCUCACGCUCAGUGGGUGCUAUCCUUGCUCAACCAUCAGAGGGGUCUUGGCCACUUCUGUGAUGCCAUGUUGAGCACAGUCAGUGGGAAGGUGCAUCUGGCCCAUCGCAAUGUUCUUGCCUGCUUCAGCCACUUAUUCCAAGACUCCAGUUCAGACACACCAUGUGUACAGAUCGACCUGCCAAUAGAGUGUCCUGAUGAUGGACUAGAGCUACUUCUUAACUUUUUUUAUACUGGUGAACUCCACUUAGAUGAUAGCAAUUUAGAAAAGAUUCAGAAUGCAGCUAGCGGACUGUCAGUGCCAGAGUCUCUCAUACCUUGCCAGAGUUUGCCAUGUGUAAAGACUUUGCAGUCACCUGUCUCGAGUGAAGAUGAUACGUCCAAACAACUAUUGACUCUCAUAUCUGCAGACCCUCAGCCUGAUCACACCCCGAAAGCAAAGACUAGUUCUUGGCUGAGGACAAAAAAUAAACUUGAUGCAUUCCAGAUAGGUUCAGUGGUCACAGCUAGCGAUGAUGACCCUCCUGCCUCAACGUCGACUUCCACCACACGUUCUGGAAGGCGUGUAAAAGGGCCCAAUCGACUAGUCGGGGAAAGUCACAUGUCUACUAACACGAGGCAGAGAGCAGGACGAAGAAAACCAUCAUCUCUAGAAGACAAAGAGCAGGAGACUGCUGCCACUGAGGACGGAGAUCACCUCAAACAUCAAGACACGAGUGAGACUGAGCAGGUGGAUGGAUCUGUUGACUAUGAGGAUGAUGAUGACAGUGACAGAGGUGGCAGUAUGGAUAUUCUUAAUGUGGGAACCGAUGAAGACUAUGUGCCUCAUGAUUCACCUUGCUCGACCUCAAAGACUCCACGGGGAACGUGCAAACGACACAAAAGAAGUACCAAUAAAAAGAAUGGGGAAGGAACAUCUAAAGACAGCAAGAAAGGCUCUGUCCAAUGUCCUACAUGUCAUAAAACAUUCCUCAGCAAGUACUACCUGAAAGUACACAACAGGAGACAUACAGGAGAGAAGCCCUUUGAAUGUGCUAAAUGUGGGAAGUGCUACUAUAGGAAGGAAAACCUUCUGGAGCAUGAAGCCAGGAAUUGUCUUAUCAGAGCAGAAAUGGUGUUUUCUUGUCCGAAAUGCACCAUGACCUUUAAAAAGCGACAUGAGCUGCGUGUUCAUAUGGUCACACACACAGGAGAGAUGCCCAAUAAAUGCACGUCAUGCCCUGAGCAGUUCAUGCAGAAGAAAGACCUCAGGAUCCACAUGAUUAAAGUACACGGAGCUCCCAAACCACAUGGAUGUCCAUUGUGUCCCAAGCGCUUCCUGUCCCGCACUGAGCUACGUCUACACGAGUCAGCCAAACAUCGUGGUGAGAAACUCUUUGUGUGUGAGGAGUGCGGUCAUCGGGCGUCCAGCCGCAACGGCCUGCAAAUGCACAUCAAAGCCAUUCACAGAAAUGAGCGUCCUUUUGUAUGUGAGUUCUGCAAUCAUGCUUUUACACAGAAAACCAAUCUGAACAUGCACCUUCGAACACAUACUGGAGAGAAACCUUUCCAGUGCCACCUGUGUGGCAAGACAUUUCGCACACAAGCAAGUCUGGACAAACACCACCGCACGCAUACAGGAGAACGGCCAUUUAGUUGUGAGUUUUGUGAGCAACGCUUUACUGAGAAAGGCCCUCUCUUACGGCACAUAGCCAGCAAACACCAAGAAGGUCGACCACACUUUUGCCACAUCUGCAACAAAACCUUUAAAGCCAUUGAGCAGCUUCGUGUUCAUGUACGACGUCACAAAGGCAUGAGAAAAUUUGAGUGUUCUGAAUGUGGUUACAAGUUCACCAGACAGGCACAUUUGCGACGACACUCACAGAUCCACAACCGUGUGGAGAACUACAACCCCAAACUGAGACGCUUACGUAACCUGGUAGUGAAGGAUGAGAGUGCAGCUGCCUCAUCUAGUCCUCCCGGCCAGGCAGAGGCUCACGCAGGACCAGCAGACAUGGUUAACCAGCCAGAGGCCGUUGUUGUGAAACAGGUCGUCUCAGCCUCUGCUGGAGGAACAGGAGGAGAGCAGGCCACGUGUUCAGUGACUGAUGGAGCAGUGAGUGAUGAACAGACUGGAAGGACUGAUGGGGGAGUGGAGCAGACUCUGUUCACUGUAGCAGAUGUGACCGAGCAAAGCCUGCUGGUGACUGAUGCGUACCCCAUCCAUCAGUCCAGUGUGGUGGUGGAACUGCCCAGCUAUGGAGCUGAUGGGAAAGUUUAAAUGAAGGGGACUUAUUGACUCCAGAGCAACAAAGCUACUUGACAAAGGUUUAAGAAUUUGAGACAUUUGAGACAUUCAUUGUAAAUGAAAAGCUUUCUUGCAUGAAGAAAUCAUUUUCCUAUUCAUUUAUCUUCAAAGAACAUGGAAAUGACAGAAGACUCGGCUGUAUCAAGCAUGACGAUACAAGAUCAUCUUGACCUUUCCAGAAAUACAUUUUUUGGGAUCAAUAGGAUAUUGGAGAUUGAAGUCAGCAAUUAUUUUGAACCCAAGUCAUUUGUAACCCAGCUUCUGCAAAAAUGUUUAGCUGUUAACCAGCUUUUGAAGUCACACUGUGUCUACAGCUUAUGUUUAAAAAUUUUCUUAAUCUACUUGGAUGGACAGAUAAAAACUCAAAAGUUUUGUACUAAAUAAUUAACUGGCAAUUUAAGUUACAAGAUGUUUGACGAAAUUGGAUACAAUAACAUGUGACCAAAUUUCUUGUAAGAUAAUGUCUAGAUUUAUUCAGCAUCUGGAUGGCAAAAUGUAAAAGACUAUUGUAAAACAAGCAAAACAGUCACUAGCUUAAUGUAUACUCUUGUUUUAAUGGAAUAAUCCAUUGAAAUACAAAUCUAUUUUUA